UAAAUUAUUAUUAUAUUAAAAAAAUAUAUUUAUAUAAAUUUAAACAAAAUAAAGUCAGCGAAAGCCCAGUGAUUUCUAUAGACCACAACAUACAUACCUACCUAGUUUACAUUUCUUGUGCACGUGUUCCCAAAAAGCCGUCAAAAUUCUUGAUAAAGUGGCCUCGAUAGGCGCCAACACGCUCAACUUCACCGAUUUAGGGAGCCCCUAUGAGGGGCCUCCCAGCACACCACAAUCCGGCAUGGACGCACCCGAUGCACCACACACACCCAAAUAUAUGGAUGGCGGUACAACAACAACCGGCACACCGGGCGUACAGAUACCGGGCAAAUCGGCAUUCGUGGAGCUGCAACAGCAUGCCGCCGCUGGUUACGGCGGCAUACGCGGUGGCUAUCAACACUUUGGCCCACAAGGUGGUCAAGACUCGGGAUUUCCCAGUCCACGCAGCGCCUUAGGUUACCCAUUCCCGCCAAUGCAUCAAAAUUCAUAUUCCGGCUAUCACUUAGGCAGUUAUGCGCCGCCCUGCUCGAGUCCACCAAAAGAUGAUUUCUCCAUAUCGGACAAAUGUGAAGAUUCCGGCUUACGCGUGAAUGGCAAAGGCAAGAAAAUGCGCAAACCGCGUACAAUAUAUAGUUCACUGCAAUUACAACAACUAAAUCGACGAUUCCAGCGUACACAGUAUUUAGCGCUGCCAGAGCGAGCCGAAUUAGCGGCGAGUCUGGGCCUAACGCAAACACAGGUGAAAAUCUGGUUCCAAAAUCGACGUUCCAAAUACAAAAAAAUGAUGAAAGCUGCACAAGCGCCCGGUACUGGCGGUGGCAUGCCGUUGGGUGGUGGCGGUCCAAAUCCUGGUCAACACAGUCCGAAUCAAAAUAUGCACAGCGUCUAUCUCAAAAUCAUUGCAGGCGGUAAUAACGGCGGUGGCUCCAACAGCGGCUCACCAUCACAUUAUCUACCUCCCGGACAUAGUCCGACGCCAUCUAGUACGCCUGUGUCCGAGUUAUCACCUGAAUUCCCUCCAACGGGUCUUAGUCCGCCCACGCAAGCGCCAUGGGAUCAGAAGCCACAUUGGAUCGACCAUAAACCACCGCAAAUGACGCCGCAGCCACCUCAUCCAGCGCCGCCACAUCCGCAAACGCAUCACCAUAAUCCGCCACCGCAAAUGGGCGGCUAUGUACCGCCACAAUACUGGUACCAGCCCGAGACGAAUCCAUCGUUAUUAACUGUACCCUCCUACAAUAAUUACAGAGUCUGGCCAGCGGUUUAACAGCACCAGCACCAACAACAAGAAUAUAUACACCAAACCGAUCCUAUUUUCAUAGAUAAUUCCAAUGCAUAUAUUUAAUACAGUUAAACAAAAAAAAAAAA